CGACCUUCUCAUUGACUCGGCGGCUACCCACCCAUAUGUUCGAAAGGGAUUUCUCGAAUACGUACAUAUGCCUAAACGAACGAAGACAUUAUAUCAAGACAACGUCAGAUGGCGGUUAUGGCCAUCAGUUCGAGAUAACCUCCAAAAUUUCAUCUUGGCCAAACUUCUGACACUUCUGGACAAUGUCUCUACAAGACCACAGAAGGGUACGCGAAUGGCUAGGAACUUGAGGAGACAACGACAACAUCAUACAAAAACCACUCUACCAGUAUCCACCAUCGUAACUUCAGCCGAGGUUAUCUCUACCAACAGGCCUCCCGAAAAAGUUGUCGCUUCUUCGUCGGUUAAUCUGAGGCAUAAGCGCGAUUCAAAUGAAAAAAUCUGUACUGUGAAACGAAAGGCAGUAGAAUCAAAGGCUGUUGUGCUGCCAGGCGUAUCCGGUACCAGCUUUUCUAACGCAAUAGCUGCAUCUAAGCGUCGACUGGAGUUGGAGGAUGAUCCGGGCCCAAUGAAGAAGCAGAAGACUCUGCGAAGUUUUGUAUCUUCACUACCUGCGCAGAGCGAGCAUGUUGCCAGUACUGCAGACCUUACCGCGAAGCUCAAGCGGAAGAGGAACUUAGAGGUUAACCAGAGUGCCAAUAAAAGGCGAAGGAAAGGUGAAUCUAGUGUCGAGUUGACAUCGGGGACAAGUGUUGGCUCUGGAGGACACCGUGAGGCUGUUGGGUCGGUCGGUGCAUUUCUAUCUAUCAGCUCUGAUGCAAGUGGCGUCGGACCCUCGGACAGCGCCGCCGAGUUGGGCCUGCAGGACUCUGAGGAAAAUCGUGUAUUGGAAGUGGAACGUCAUGUUGGCAUUUCCUCUACCAGUGACUGCUCUGCUGGACCUUCGACUGCUAACAUUUCAGACUCAGACGGGGGAGAUUACCGUGGAAAUCUGCGGAAGAUAACUGGUGUCGCAGCAAUAUAUCGCGCGACAUUGGGUGUGCCUACAGCUGGUGAACCCAUCGCUGAAGUUCCCAGCAUCUGAUCCGGAGGCCCUGCAGUCAAUUUUAAGCGAAAGCGUGUAUCGGAGGAUGGCAAGGGUACCGGGAAAAGGCGACGGAUAACAGAGGGGCCUAUGGU